AAUGCAAAUAAGACCGGCAGAACCCCAGAAACGCAAGAAAGAUUGAAAUCUAAAGCGGACCGUAAGCCUCUGAGAACCGAUAUUCACGAGUAAGACCACACACGGCCGCGCCGAUUAAGACCGACAGACAGCGUUAUCUCAAAUAUUUCUGUGUUCGGCAGAAGCGAACGGCAUACAGCAACGCGCAGCUGAGAUUAUGGCACCCUCGGAACCAGUAGACGUCGAGACGUUUGCGCGCACUCAACUCGCACUCCUCGACGCUGAGUUGCAGAGCGAGCUUCAAGAGACCAGCGGCCUGAUUGCCAAUCCCAGCCCCACGACUCUCCAACGUGCUGGCCUCGCCAUCACCAACCUCACCAUCUCGGCACAGCGAACUGGUCUUGGCGGCAGGACGGUGUUGGAGCUAAGCCCAGACAGCGCGACCGCCAAUGCAAGCGGCGAACUGCCGGAGCACGGCAUCAGGACGGGAGAUAUCGUGCUGGUGUCUGAGCAGCCCGCGGGCAGUGCUAAGAAGCGGGAGAUCAAAGACGUCGAGAAGAAGGGAGCCCGGGGCGUUGUCAUUAAGGUCAAGAAGGAUGCUGUGCUCGUUGCCGUCGAUGAGGAAAAGGAGGAUGUUUCUAUCACCGGAAGAGUUUGGCUCGUCAAGUUGGCCGACGAUGUCACUCAUCGGCGGAUGAGUCGUCAGAUGGAGAAACUGCAGAAUAUGACCGAGUCCGACUACUCAAUGUUCACCCGAGUGCUCUUUGGGCUGUCGACGCCGUCACUUGUCCAGAAGGACCUGAGCUCUCAUCCCGAAUACGGCAAGAUGGAAUGGAUUGACCCCAGCCUUAACGAAUCCCAGAAAGAUGCCAUACGCUUUGCUUUGGCUUCGAAGGAGAUAGCUCUGAUUCACGGGCCACCGGGGACCGGCAAGACUCACACAUUGAUAGAGCUCAUCUUGCAAAUGGUCAAGAGAGACCUUCGUGUACUGGUUUGUGGGCCUUCCAACAUCUCCGUCGACAACAUCGUCGAGCGGCUAUCGCCUCACAAGAUCCCGAUCCUUCGUUUGGGCCAUCCGGCAAGACUGCUACCUUCCGUAGUCGGGCAUUCACUAGAUGUGGUGACCCAAACCUCGGAGGCCGGAUUAAUUGUGAAGGACGUACGUUCCGAAAUGGAUGCCAAACAAGCUUCCAUCAAGAAGACGAGGAGUGGGAAAGAACGCAAGGCCAUCUACACGGACCUCAAGGUGUUGCGCAAGGAGUACAGAGAGAGGGAGAAACGGUGUGUGAGCAAUCUCGUGGCUGGAAGCAAAGUUGUUCUCGCCACUCUCCACGGCGCUGGUGGUUAUCAGCUGAAGGACGCAGCGUUUGAUGUGGUCAUCAUCGACGAAGCCAGCCAAGCAUUGGAAGCCCAGUGCUGGGUUCCCCUCCUUGCGGCGAAGAAGACUGUAUGCGCUGGUGACCAUCUGCAGUUGCCGCCUACUAUCAAGUCUACCAAAUCCAAGGUCAAGCCAAUAGCCAAGGACGGUGGCGCCAUUAUCAAAGGUAUGACGCUCGAAACGACAUUGUUCGACAGGCUGUUAUCACUACACGGACCGUCUAUCAAGAGGAUGCUCACGACACAAUAUCGCAUGCAUGAGAAAAUCAUGAGAUUCCCGUCGGAUGAGUUGUACGAGAGCAAGCUGGUGGCGGCCGAUCACGUCAAACAACGGCUGCUCAUCGAUCUUCCAUAUCAAGUUGAGAAUACUGAAGAUACCAAUGAGCCAGUCAUCUUCAUUGAUACACAGGGUGGAGACUAUCCAGAGAAAAGCGAAGAUGACAAUACGAGCAAGAAGACCAGCAAGAGAUCACUGCUCGAUGAUAGUAAGAGCAACGAGAUGGAGGCUGCCCUCGUCAAACAAUAUGUCCGGAAGCUAGUCGACGCCGGCGUCAAGCCAGAGGAUAUAGCCGUUGUCACACCAUACAAUGCCCAACUCGCAUUAUUGGCACCUCUUAAGGAAUCCUUUCCAGGGAUUGAACUUGGAAGCGUGGACGGCUUCCAAGGUCGCGAGAAAGAAGCCGUUAUUGUUACUCUUGUGAGAAGCAACUCUGAAGGUGAGGUUGGGUUUCUGGGCGAGAAGCGCCGUCUCAAUGGUAAGUCAUUACCAUAUGCUUGGAAACCCCCCAGUGUUGCUGUGAUGUUGAUGCAGGUCCAAACAGUCGCGAUGACUCGUCCGAAACGCUCAUUGACCAUUAUUGGUGAUUCGGACACCGUCAGAAAGUGAGUUGUCACACCGGCCCUGCCCAUCUUGAAUCACCC